AUGUCGAGAUCCUUUAACGGCUGCACAAGAUGUAAAGCGCGGCGCCAAAAAUGUGACGAGCAGAGACCGACUUGUGGCCGCUGCUCGACCGCGGGCGUGCAGUGCAAGUAUGCAAUGCAGCUGCAGUGGGGAGGGCGGGCUUUUUCACGAUCGCGAUUCGGCGCCUGCGUAGACACUGGCGGCAUGCAAAGACUCGAAUACUCACCAGGAGAAUUUAUCUACACUACCAAAUCCAAGUCCAAGUCAGCCCAGGCCGUACCAUCAGAUCUCGCUUUGACACAACCCGUCGAUCCCUUCUCAUUCCUCUCGCCCGAUCAGAGAGCGCUGCUUCACCACUUCAUUAAUGAUGCGUCCCAGAUUACAGCUUGCCACUCCGGUAUGCAGCAGGAUAUCUGCCGCAUGCUCGUGCCAAUGGCUCUACAAACCCCGUCCUUACUCCACGCCACCACUGCCCUUUCAGCGAUCCAUCUACAAGCCCUACAUAACCAGUCUGAGAACGUGAAAACGGCGCCCGAUAUCGCCCGUUAUAUGGCGCUAAGUUUGGAGCAUUUCCGCAUGGAAUUGCAAAAUCCCUCGGCCAAGGGCUCGGAGGCAUUAGUGGCGACUGCACGAACACUCUGCUUAGCAGAGAUUCAUUCCGGUGCAAUGAACCCAAAUUCCUGGAGAGCACACAUUGAAGGCGCGAGGGCCUUAAUGAAGACCUCGGAUCGAAGAGGAGAUAAUACGCUUUCAUCUGCACAUGGGUUCCGCCGAUAUCUAGAUCGCUGGUAUUGGUCGAUCGUAUCACUCACAGCGCUGACAGGCAAUGGCCCACCCAUCGGCGACAAUUCAGACUUUGCACCCUUUGACACGGCUCAGGAUUCCCCGGACUAUUUGGAUGACUACUGGGGGUUCACGGUUGAUUUGGCAGCAAUCUUCCGCCAGAUCGGUGCAGCUGCCUGGCGCAAGCUCGAAGCCGAGAGGGGUGCGCAGGGCUUUAUUGAAGGGGAGAUUGAUAGCAAUGUCGAGGAUGAAGCUGCGUUGCUGGAGAUGUCAGUGCGACAGCUCAUGGACCGAGAAGCCGGAUCACAGCCGUCACUAUACCCCGACGUGGCGGAGGGCUUGACAGCAGAGAGUAUACAACAACUUGCGCUCUGUAAUGAAGCGUUCCAGCAUAGUGCUCUUAUACAGAUUCAUAGACGACUCCGCAAAACACCGACCACUUCGAUCUAUGUACAGCAGUCUGUCCAACGAAUUCUGGAGUGCACGGCCCAGAUCGGACCGUCUUCUGGUCUAAGUCCAUGGGUUAUGCUUACGACUCCGAUCUUUAUUGCGGGCUGUGAAGCGCGAGGGGAGGAUCGCGAUACGGUGCGACAUCUACUCACAUCUUUACACGACACUGUGCGUAUUCCGAAUGUACUACAGUCUUUGAAGUUCCUUGAGCAAUAUUGGGCCAAUCAGCUCAGUGAGGAUGAGGAUUGGAGCCAUUUCCUUGUCCAGAUCGUAUGA